UCGCAACCAUCCACAGCAUUCCAAAUGGCGGCCCUCGCUAUCGCCAGCCUGGCCCCUGUGAGCGUCACACUCGUUGCUCGUCCAACUCCGCACGUGCCUCACACGCCAACUCCCACUGACACGGUCUCCCUCGAGGAAGACUUGCCAUGGUCUCCGCCGCCAGUGAUCGUACCUGAAGCUUCAACGGACAACAAGCAGAACAUGCAGGAUGUGAGCGAACAUGAGACCGAGCCAGCUGCGUCCUUUCCGCUCCGCCGCCGCGAUCGGCGCUCUCUCCUGCUCCGCGUCCGCGCUGACAGGCCACCAGCGUGCCACCGGAACCGGAAGGACCUGCGCACUCGUUGCCUUGCAGAGGCGGUCGGCUCGGGCAUCCUGGUCCUCGCCGCCAGCGCGGCCUCCGCCGCAGCCCUCUCGCCGACGAGCACGUCGCUGCUCAUGGGCGGCGUGGUCGGCUCCGCCGUCCUUUCCUUCGCCACAAUCUCAGGAGCCCACUUCAAUCCGGCGAUCACGUGCGCCCAGACUGUCGGAGGAACCCUGCCGAGAUCGGACUGGCUGCCGUACAUCGCCUCGCAGAUCGCCGGCGCGUCGGCGGCGGCACUCACCAUAGCGCCACUCCUGCCGCCCGCGGGUCUUCCGCCGCCGCCCGCCCACUUCUUCGCAGAGGUGGCAGUCACUGCGCUUCUUUUCUCUGCGUGUCUCGCCAUCGGAGACGGCGUCGAGGCGGGUGCCGUCUCUCGCCGCGGCUCGGCCGGCCUCGUCGGCGUCCUGAUCUCCGCCCUCGGUCUCGCUUUCGGAUCGACCAACGCGGCGCUGAAUCCGGCGAUGUCCGCCGCGCCAAGAAUAGCGGCAAUCGUGCUCUCGGGAGGCGGCACGGCGGCGCUUUCCGGCGCGCGCACCUACGCGUUGGGCCCUUGCGUUGGAGCUGUGUUGGGCGGCAGCUGCUUCGCCGUGGCGACGGGGCGCGGCGGCGGGCUCUAUGGCUGCCUAGCGAGACUCGGAGCCGCCCUCUCUGCCGGCUCCUCUCUGCCCGCAGCGUCGCCGCCCGCCGAACCGUCGCGUCGGGUCGUGGUGCCGAACGUUGGUUGCCGCUUCUCCAGCGCGACAGCGCCAGUUGCGGCGGCAGAGGAGUGGCCGCGGUGGCGCAGCGAGUCUGAGCUUUGGCAGUGGGCGGGUAGAGGGGCCGUCGGGGCGGAGCAGUCGGUGGCGCAGGUGGAGCGUCGUUCUGACGCCUCGAGGUCGAGCGGGAGGAUGGCUUGAAGAAAUGUGUGCGGUCUCUCCCCCAACCCCCAUCCCAGCAUCCGCCAUCCCUCCGACCCCCUUUAAAUCAUAAAUGGGAUACGAAAGUCGUAUUGUGUGGUUUUCGCUUUUGCUUUCUUUCUUUUUCAUCUAAAUGUC